GACGGUCCAAGCAGCCAAAGAGAGCAGGCAUGCAGGGUGCAAGUUCCCUGCAACAUCCUGAGGAUCUUUUUCUACUCCUUUUUAUAUUUUUCAGUGAAGUUUGAAGUCUUCUGGUAAAAUUCAGAAGAUAGAUGCACGGGAUUUGUUUUUUUUUUUUUGUGGAUGUGUGGAUAUAUGAUUGAUUUUGUUCAUAUUCAUACAAAAUGUCCGCAAACACUGUGAUUGUUGGAUAAAAGUUGUGUUGAAAAGAGGUCCAGACAGGAGUAUUUUUUUUCCACGCGUAUUUUUGGAAUAAGUCCAAGAGGAUGCUGACCGAACUGUUUGGUUUGUUCUACCUGCUCAGCUCGGUUCUGAGCCAGGACUCUACAGGUAGCCGCUUCGUUUGCAACGCCAUCCCCCCGGGCGCGGAGCCGGGUUGCAGCUCCUCUCCGACGGGCAACCGCUUACAGAUGAGCAGCCCCGUGGAGGAGGAGCUGCGGAACACUAUCAUCCAGCUCCGGGAGACUAUCUUACAGCAGAAGGAGACCAUCGUGAGCCAACAGGGAACCAUUAAGGAACUCAACUCCAAGCUUGCGCGCUGCGAGGCAGCCGCGGACGACUCGUCGCAACAGGGCAAGGCGCGGGGUCAGGGCUCCAGGAGGAAAGAGUACGGCAAGAACACCAUGGGGGAUUUACCCAGAGACCCCAGCGAGACCAUCAGCCAGCUUGGAAAGACCAUGCAAAGCUUGAAAGGUCGCUUGGAGAGCCUGGAGCAGCAGAGUUUGCAGCUCCCCAGCACAAACGUGUCAGUUGGAGGUGGCUCUCCCCUGACACCCCUGCCGCCGGAGCUGCGGGAUUUACUUCGGCAGCGUCUGGGGGCGCUGGAGACGCAGCUCCUGCGCAAGGUGGCUGAGUUGGAGGAGGAGAAGAGCCAGCUUUACAACGAAACGGCCGCUCAUCGCCAACGCACCGAGAAUGCUCUCAAUUCUCUCCUGGAAAGGAUCACAGAGCUGGAGAAAAAUAACAACGCCUUCAAGUCGCCUGAGGAUUUCAAGGUGUCCCUCUCCCUGCGCACCAACUACCUGUACGGACGCAUCAAAAAGAGCCUCCCAGAAAUGUACGCCUUCACCGUGUGCAUGUGGCUCAAGUCCAGCGCCAGCCCCGGGAUAGGGACCCCUUUCUCGUACGGCGUGCCGGGACAGGCUAAUGAGAUCGUGCUGAUCGAAUGGGGCAACAACCCCAUUGAGCUGCUGGUUAAUGAUAAGGUGGCCCAGCUUCCUCUUUCUGUGAGUGACGGGCGCUGGCACCAUAUCUGCAUCACCUGGACAACCAGGGAUGGCUUCUGGGAGGCUUACCAGGACGGCGAGCGACUAGGCACCGGGGACAAUCUGGCCCCAUGGCACCCAAUUAAACCAGGAGGGGUGAUUAUUCUGGGCCAGGAGCAGGAUAUCGUCGGCGGUCGCUUUGACGCUACCCAGGCCUUUGUCGGCGAAAUGAGCCAGUUCAACAUGUGGGACAGAGUCCUGCGGCCCGUGGACAUCGUGGGCCUGGCCAACUGUUCGGCAUACAUGCCCGGCAACGUGGUCCCGUGGAUAGACGCCAACGUGGAAGUAUUUGGGGGUGCGACCAAAGCUCCUCUGGAGAUAUGCGAGGACCGUGCAUUUGAUUCCUAAUGUGAGGAAUCAUCAUCACCAUCAUUGAAAAGCGAAAAGCCAAGUAUUCUUGUUCAUUGUGUGCAAAAAUCCCAAAGUCAAGGGUACAUGCAUAUUGAUAUUGUGUGGUUACUCAAAGAUUCACAUGUGUUGGCUUAAACGUGUGUCCAGUCCAGUCUUAGCCAUGGAAACGACUUCACAAAAGUGGCCAUGUGGAGAAGAUACACUGUUGCAUCCGUCCUCUCACAUUCUGUGUUUUUUUUUCUCUUCUUUCAUUUAACUUCUCAGUGCAAACAGCUCUUUGCUCAUGCAUUCCUUAUACCGACAAUGCUGCACCGUGUGUGUAGUGAGCGCACGCUCCAGCAGGCUUUGAUGUGUUGCGAAACAUCAUUCCGGAGUUAGAUGGUGGAACGCUGUGAGCUUCCUCUCUGUUUGAAGAGCAAACAAAUGAGGAGAAGGCCCAGGAGUUGGCAUCAUUGAUUGUAGAAGCAUCGCGUCCAUAUUUAGUGCAUGAGCCCGAGGAAAAGAACGCAAGUUUAGGGAAGACAAGUGCAUGCCUUCUUUCAGUCCGUGUGAGGACAUUACAUAAGCGAGCGUCUUGCGUGUUAAAAGACCAGAGAUUACCAGGGAGGGAGGACAUUUUCAUUCUUGUAAAUCUACGCUUAAUACCUCUCUGCCCCUUGAGCAGCUGCCAUAUCCCAAACAGCUUUAUAUGGAUGCUUCUGCUCAGGUUAAUAGCCAUGGCGGACAGCUGCCCAGAAGCAGCUAAAACCGAGCAGUGGACAGCGGCCGACUUCCCAAGCGAGGACAGCAAAGGGAUUGAGCCCAAAGGCCAAUCCGUAAUUCCUCCUCCGUGAAGUAAUUAUGUACAUUAUUAAAGGGAUUGAGAGUAUGAGCGGUAAAUGAGUCAUAAUUGAUUCAAUCUGCGUUCUCUGUGGACAUUAUGAAUGUUGAUGAGUAAUGAUAAGGCUAUGCUAUAUUUUUAAUUCAUAUCUGGAAUUACUGGGAUUUGAGCACAUGAACUGCAUGAACUGAAUCAUUUUUUUGCAGCUUCAUUUUUCUUCUUCCCUAAUAAUGUGAUAGAUUUUCAUUUCAGUUCAUUUCGGGGGGGUUUGCUAAACAGUGAAACUGAGCUCUAACAAUGCCUGUGAGGCUAAUUUUAAAAACAUGAAUAUAAAACGAGGCAGCAAAUAACUUAUUUUUUAAUCAUGUUCUUUGGCAUAAAAAGCUUCUGUCUAUGUUGGUUCAAUCUUCAAUAAGUCAUAAUGCUAAGUUAAUAAAGUCAUAAUACAAUGAGGGUUAAAAGACCAAAGUUUUUAUAUUUCCACAAUUUGUUAUGCUACAAGAAUACAAGUGGCAUGUUAAAAGAAUAAAGUUGUACUAUUAAGAAAAUAUAAUCCUGUUAUGAGAAUAAAGUUUUCAGGCUCAAACUUCUUGGCGCAGCCCACGCAGUGGUAAUUUGGUCCAGUGCACGGUUGUGUGCAGCCAAAUUGGUAAUUUGGUAGACUGGCCAAGAUGGGCGUGGUGGCGUACCCGUGGAGGAAUCCACAUUUUCAGGUUGGCGCAGUGACAAUUUUGUGACAAAACAGCCCGCCAAAGGUGCAAAAAAAAGCUUGCUUGGUCUAUUUGGGGCGCAGGCGAAGCGCAGCCUGCGUAAUGGUAAAUUGACUAACAGGCGCACAGUGCAGACAUGUCACAAAAAACUCACAGGAGUGUUGCAGACAAUACCCCCCUAAAUAAAUGUGCUUGUGCCCCGAAAUCAACAUUUUAGAAGUGAAAACUCCAGAAAAAAGCACAAGACAGCUCCACUCACAUCUCAGUGGUUGUGCUGGAAGCACGCCAGAUUGACCCUCCUGCAGUGCGGACUUUGUGGGAACAGAGAAAGUGAACCAUUAGAAAGCUAAUAAUUAACAACAACUAAAAACAACAAUUAAUAUAAAGUUGGUUGUUAAAAUCUGGCUGUAAGAUAUUUUUUUUUCUCAAGGAGGAUGAGAUACCAUACAUAAAUAUACCAUCAAAAGUUAUCCUAUUUGGCGAAGUAGAGCUGGAAUUUGUUUGUUUCGUUCAGCUUUUUCUUUCUUUGAUCCGCAUACUGAUUUUAAGCCCUUUAAAUUCCAGAUGCCCUUCCUGAAGAAUACCAAUAUUGCUUACUAGUGGAGAUUCAAACCCAAGGCGUCCGCUCCAAAAUACAGAACGCAAACCACUACACCACGGCGGGCGACGUAGACCAGGAAUGCUGGUGGAAAACAAGUAAGAUGCUUGGAUUAGCCUGAUGCUGUGUUUAAUGGAACUGUCAGGAACAGAUGACAUGUCCCACGCGCAUGGUGGCCUCUGAUGUGCAGUCCAGUGGGCCCUGUGCAUUUAAAGGCAAUGAGAGGUGUUCAUUUGAUUGGUUAACAACACACUCGGCUGUGUUAAACCCUCUCAUGACUUUUCUCCUCCCUCUUUGCCACUUGCGCUGGUGGGAGGGAUGGAGGCGUGGGUGCGCCUGUGCCGGGUCUGCGAAAUUAUAGCCCUUAAUGUUAAGAGAAUACAGUGAUAGUAUGACGAGGAAAAAGGUCGUAAUGCCCAUUCAUCCAUUUUCUAUACCACUUAUCCUCAUUCGGGUCACGGGGGUAUGCUGGAGCCUAUCCCAGCUGACUUCGGGCAAGAGACAGGGUACACCUCUGGACUUGUCGCCAGCCAAUCGCAGAAAAAAAGUUGUGAUGUUAACCGAAUAACAACAUAACUAUAAUGGUUAGAGAAUAAAGUCGGAAUAUUACGAAAAUAAUGUCAUAAUAUGACGGUAAGAAGAAUGCUAAUGUUACAUUGAUUAAUUUACAAUGUUAAGAUACACUUAAAACACGUACAAUUCAACCUCCACUGGCAAAAAACAUUGUUUAACACUGUAUUGUGGUGACCUUUUUCUCACCAGUUGUUUUUCCAAGUUUUUGUAAUAUAUUAAUAUCAUAAUUACAACUUUAUUCUUGUAAGUAUAGAAAUCUAUUCUUUUAGUUUUGUUUUUUUUAUCUUUUAAUUGUGUUCCUAACGUUUCUUUGUGGCAUAUGAUGCAGUAUCGAGUAGGACAGCGCAGAAUGUUGUAAAAAAAAAAAAGCGUGUUCACUAACCCAAUUAAGGAUUGUUAGAAAUGCCACCAAUUUGGCAUUUGAUUGUCCUUCAGUGUAAAGAAUAUUACAAGAUUUCCAUUUUAUUUCCUGGAGAAUUUUCCUGCCUUUUUCUGCUCUUGAUUUUUGCUCAUUAGCAGCAUAUUAUGGGAAAAAUGUUUCCUGAAAAUGAGAAAUGGCCUUUUUUUGAAGUGUUUUUGCUUGUAGACACAUGAAAAAAAAAUAAAUGAAAGUGUGCAGCAUCUUUUUGGGUUUUACACUUGUCAUUUGCACUCAAGAUUUAAAAAAAAAAAAAAAAAAAGAACUUGCAGAAUAUUUAAUGUAGAGUGCACCAUCCUUCACUUUAAAUUUUCUUAUCUGGACAUCAAUCAUUAAUGCAGAUGAGCAAAGAUCACCGCUGUCAUUUUUAUCACAGAUUUAAUUGCAUGCCAUGCAUAUCAUUCAUGAGAGCAGCCACAUUACCAAAUAAAUCCCCUGAACUGGCACAUUUCCUCGCAGACAAAAAAAAAUGCACACGUGGGUUGUGGGAGCUGCUUAGCCUUGUUUGAAACAAUGACACAUCUAUUUUAAUUCAUACCAAUCUGUGGCCUCUGAUACACAAUCAACAAUUAAAAGAAUGUGUGUGUGUGUGUGUGUGAUGUUUUCAGUUUGAUUUUCUUUGCAAAUGUCUACAGAUGUUAGGUAUUGAUUGAUCAAUAAAAAAAUCAUUCCAACCUGCAUAUAUAAGACUCUUUUCUGAGGUUUGAAUUUUUGUAUUUUUCCAGUGGAGAAACAGCAUUAUGCUGAUUAUUGUUGACACAACAGGCGUUCAGUGUCAGAACAAGACAGAUUGCUUCCAUCGUACACAGCAUUAGCUUUAAUCCGGACUGAGGUUUAGUCAAUAUUGAAAAUAAAUACAAUUACUGUGUCCAGCAGGAGGCGUCGACCAACACUGGUGAAAUUGAACUAAAAGGGGGAAAAAAAAUUAUGUUUACUGAGAUUCUCAUUGGGAGUGACCAGGAUGGAUAGGAUCAGGAAGGAGUACAUCAGAGGGACAUUACAUGUUAGAGGCCUUGGAGAUAAAAUCAGAGGCCAGACUGAGAUGGUUCGGACAUGUCCAGAGGAAAGACAGGAGAGACAUAGUUUGAUGUGGUCUGAUAUUUAAAGUGCUCCUGAAAGGGACAUGAGAACAUACAGCUGAUGAUAUUAUAAGACUUUUACAGAUAAUUCAACGAAAAUGACCGUAUUUUCCAGACUAUAAGUCACACUUUUUUUCAUAGAUUGGCUGUUCCUGCGAUUUAUACUCCAGAGCGACUUAUAAAUGACAAAAAAUAUUUAUGUUACAUCAACAGUGGAGACCUUUUCUGUUAAUGUUUAUUUUUGUGUAACUGAAUAACCAUUGUGUUAGCAUAUCUUACACCUAUUCAGCCUGUUCUCUAUUCUUUUAUUGUUAGAACUUGUGUCACGUUUCGGCAUGUCUAUGUUGCGGUGCGACCCCAGGAUGCAGAGAGCAGGACCAAAUGCAGGUAAAAUAAUAUUUAUUCUUGCUAUAAUAGCAGCAGAAGAAAAGGCAACUGAACUUGCUGACGGACAAACAACAAUAAUCCCACAAAGGGAGACGCACACACCUGAACUAAAUAGACACUCAAAU